AGAUCCUGGCUAGGCUGCUGAUCAACUGAACGCUAUCUCCGUAUCAUUCCUUCUUCGCCGACUCCGUCCACACCUUUGGGGACCCCUGGACCUGCUGGGGCUGGACCCCAGCAAUGUGGGUAGACCCAGUUUUACUAGAUCUGGGAGGCCGGUUCCUCAGCUUUUUUGAGCCCAAGUAGGACACCCAUUCCUCUGUAAAGACCAGACAGCCGCCUCUCCUGCACUAAGUCUUUGCAUUUAGGUGCAUUUUUGAGAAGAGGCGUGGCCUUGGGUGCGUCCGCUCCCCUCUGUGGAUCCUAGUUGCCUGUGAGUCGAGGUGGUUGGGGCCGUGGCUCUCUGGGUUCACCUGAGUCCACGUCUCCACGCUGGCCCUGGGCAGCGUGUCCCUCCCGUGGAGGGAACGUGGGAAUGGACACGCAGCCCCCACUGGCAUGCAGAUUGGAUCCGGGUCAUUAAAACUGCGCUGGCGAUGCCAGGCUGGUGCCAGGCUCAUUUUGAGGCUCAUUACACAAAAACACCACGUGACCCAGCGUGCAGGCCCUGGGGGCACCGAGGGCCUUUAGCAAACGCCGCACAAUAAAUUAAGAGCAAAGUAAGAAACAGAUUUUCUUUACUAUUUCGGAGUCGUUGCUUGAAGGCAGCUGAUGAACUUGACUUCUCGGGGCCGGCGUGAAGCCCUGACAGGCGGGCCGUGGGUUCGGAUGCCACAGUCUCCCGGGAUCUCGCUCUCCGCGGCGGCACCUGAAGUCCAGGAUGAGCCUGCCGAACGCCACCGCCGUGACCCCGCUCCUGGCCAGGCUGUGGCGGGAGACCACCCACCCGGGCGGCAACGCGUCCGACCCGGCCCGCCGCUCCCCGGGCGACAGCGCUGGUGAGAUGGAGGCUCUCUACAUCCUCAUGGUGCUGGGCUUCUUCGGCUUCUUCACGCUGGGCAUCAUGCUGAGCUACAUCCGCUCCAAGAAGCUGGAGCACUCCCACGACCCCUUCAACGUGUACAUCGAGUCCGACUCCUGGCAGGAGCAGGACAAGGCGCUCCUGCAGGCGCGCGUCCUGGAGAGCUUCCGGGCCUGCUCCGUCAUCCCGAACCCGCUGGCCGUGGAGCGGCCCCACGCGCACCUGCCCGGGGCGAGGCCUCCGUCGUGACCGGGUGGGGGAACUGGACAGGGCCCCCGGACAGUCCGAUUCCUCUAACCCCGGACAGUCCCAUUUCUCUCUCGUACUCUGUAUGGUAUGGACACUUUUUUUUUUUUUUUUGCUGUUAUGAGGGUGAGGGGUGGGUUAGUAGCACUAUUUCUCUAAAAUCACAUUCAUUCUCUCGGAGACUGUCAGCAAUCCCCCAGGUCCUGGCCUCUGGGGGUAAGAGCUGCAUUUCCCAGACUCCCUUGCAGCUAUCAAGGUCCUGUGAUGAAGUUCUGGCCGGUAGAAGUGGGACAGAGGAGGGCAAUUUCUGAGUGAUGCUUGAAAAGAGAAGGACACGUCCUCCCUCCACUCCCCUUCCCUGCCUCCCAGGGGCGGGGCCUGGGGAGAGGGGAGGCAGCUCGGCUCCAGGACCGGAGGGUGUGUUCACAGAUGCAGUCUCUGGGCAGUGCCACGGCAGGUUCUCCCAUCCUUUCUGGACGCCCGCCCGCUCAGACUUCAUAGGAAAAGGAAACCAGCUCCCAUCUUCCUUAAGAUGCUUUUGGUUUACGUUAAAGCAGCAGAACCAAUAUUCUAAGUAACAUGUACUAAGAUGCAGGAGAAAACGAACCCCACUUCAGAAUGCAUACCAGGAGGAAGGCGCUGGGUGAUCAUGGCAGGAGGGAGGGUGCCCCUCCCCCCCACGGGCCCAGGGGCAGAGAGGGUGUGGGCCAGUGGCACCGCCUGGGGCCGAGGUGGCAGGGCCUUGCGAGGUGUGCGCCCACGGUGGCUGACCCAUGUCCCCCCAAGACAUUCGUUCACGCCCCCGGGCCCUGCAGGGGUGGUUAUUGGGAAACAGGUCUUUGCCGAUGGCAUCAAGGAAGAUGAGGCCAUUGGGUGACUGAUGUCCUCAAAGAAGAGGGAGGUCUGGACCCGGACACACAGGAGAGCCCCGUGUGCCCACGGAGCAGAGACUGGAGUGACGCAGCCACAGCCACAGCCACAGCCACAGCCACGGUCACCUGGGUGACGCCACCACCGAAGCUGGAGGAGGCGAGGAGGAGGCCCCUGCAGGUCACGAGGAAGCGUGGCCUAGGACCGCUUGACUCCGACCUCUGGCCCCCAGAACUGGGAGGCCACGGGUUUCUGUGGUUUCAGGCCGCACGGUGUGGCUUCUCUGUUACGGCAGCCACGGGAAACGCAGGAAUCACCCAGUGCCCCUCCCCCCACCCCCUCCCCGACAGCUGCUUUCCUCCCGCCUCCUUCCCCUCGCCGAUGAGGUGGGAAGGGGCUGAGUGGGUGCAGGGAACAUACCCGCUUCUCUUCCGCAGUAGAAGGAAGCCUCCUUAGCCCGACCUAAGAGUCCAGAGCCAUGUGCCGUGGGUUUCAGCCUCCUGCUCCAGCGGCACAGCAGCGUGUACAUGGACAGCCGUGGCCAUGGGCAGCUUUAGCUACGGGCAGCCUUGGCCACGGGCAGCAUAUAGAUGGACAGCCAUGGCCACAGGCAGCAUUAGCCAUAGGAAGCCUUGGUCACGGGCAGUGAUGGCCACGGGCAGCAUGUAGAUGGACAGCCGUGGCCACGGGCAGCAUAUAGAUGGACAACCGUGGCCACGGGCAGCAUGUAGAUGGACAGCCGUGGCCACGGGCAUUAUUAGCCACAGGCAGCCUUGGUCACAGGCAGUGAUGGCCACGGGCAGCGCUAGCACUCUGGGACCCCUUGCAUGCUCACCUGCUUGGGCAUUCCUAAAUCCCAUAUAAUAAAGAGCUAAUAUGCAAAUGGUCAUUGCACCCUCAUGCCCUCCCGCCCUCACGCCGAGGCCGGGGGACCUGAGGCUGCGCCCCCCGCCCUGUGGGGCUUGAUUGGGUGGGGGGCGGGGGGCAAAGUCCGGGUCUCGAGUGAUUUCAAGGCUCACGCGGGUGGGCGGGAACUUGACUCUGGGUCCCGCAGCGCACCCCAGACUCUGACAGGAGGGAGAUUCUCAUAUACAUUUUACUAAUUUUCUUUCAUCUCUGACACUUCUAUUAUAGAUAAAGCAAUAGCAAUAUUAGAAUAUUUUCUCUAAUUAAUUCCCUUUUAAUGUGCACGAAUUUCAUCACCCGGCCACUAGUACUUAAUAAAACAAUUGUUCACGACCCACACAGACUAUAAAA